AUGGAUAGUACCCUUAAGCAAACCUAUAAAACAACAAAGUUAUUAUAUUGUAUUUAUCACAUCAGCCAGAAUUUUCUGAAAAAUCUUAAAGCAAAAUUAGGUGUUGCAUAUGGUCAGUUUAUUAAUAACUUUUAUCGCUGCUGUAAUACUUUAGAUGAUACGUUAUUUGAAUCAAGGUGGCAAAGUUUAUUGCUUAAGUUUUCAUCCACAACACUGUCUUCUUGCAUCGAAAUCGCCUCUGUGGGAAGUAAGGUAUUUCUUACAAUUAAUCAUAUAAUAUCAGAAUAUUUGACAUCUUAUAUUCUUUCUGCCAAACAUGUUGAAAUAGCACAAUGUUUGUAUUUCGAUGCAACACUAAUGAAUUUGGAAGGAAUCAAUUCAUAUAAUGAGGAUGAAAGUAUUGGUAAUCAUUUCAUAGAGGAUGUGUAUAACGCAAGACAAAUUUUAGUCAAGUCAAUAAUUGCAAAAGUUGCCGAGUUUCAUAUUAAAAUAAUAGCUUCACGUUGGUGUUAUAAUUUCAAAAGAGAAGCAAGUGAACAGUUAAAUGUUAUUUUUGCAAAUGAGAAUGCUAUCCGAGUUCAGCAAAAUCAAAUAAUACCAACAAUUCCCCAGCCACUCUCAGUGUCUUGUUUAGUAACAGCAAACAAUUGGUCAAACAACAAAGAGGAUGAUAAGUUAACUAAUGAGCCUAAUGAUAGUGAAGAAGAAGACAAUUCAAUGAUUAUUAAUCUACUAGUUACCAAACGGAAGAGCAGAUGUGAAACUAAAUGA